UACUUCCACUCUCCUUUUCGGUUCCUACUCUUGUGGAUAGUGGCUUGCAUCUGUUGCAAUGUCCAACUAUUUUCUCUCCUUACUUCUGUAUAUUAAAUCAUGGAAUUAUCAAUAGAACAACAACUCAGAUUUCCACAAUCUCUGAAACUCUACAUGGUAUCAGAGCUAGCAACGAUCAGCUAGAUCCAUCUUCUCCUUUUUUUUCUCUUCCCCUGUUCUUCUGUUAAUCAUCAUGACCGGUGGCUCAGCUAUUUCCGACUCAAGCAAAGGAUCCACAAGUUCAGAGAUCCAAAUCAUUACCUUUAAUCCAGCCGCCCAGCUUCCUCUGAAGUUCACCCCUUCGAACUUUGCCUCCUGGCGCUCACAGCUUGAAACUCUCCUCAUGGGGCUUGAUUUGAUUGGCUACCUGGAUGGAACCACAACCGCUCCACCUCAAUCGAUCACAAUAGACGAGGCUUCUAUGGCCAAUCCUGCUUAUCGCAACUGGUUCAGGCAAGAUAAACUCAUUCUUCAUGCCAUGAGAUGCUCAAUUGACGAAUCCAUUUACUCCUUUGUCUCGGCUGCGUCCACUGCUCGUGAAGCUUGGCUUACUCUGGAAAAGCUGUACGCUAGCAGCGCUCAAUCGCGCGUCAUUCAUCUGAAAGGGAAGCUCGCAAAAUCAAUCAAGGGAGAUCGAGAUAUCCUCACCUUCAUCAAUGAUCUCAAAUCCACUGCUGCUGAACUCGCUCUUAUUGGUGAGCCUGUGAAAGACAUUGAUUUGAUUGUUCACUGUCUUAGAGGUCUGAGCGAAGACUACCAGGCUUUCGCCGCCGCUGUUCGUUCACGAGGUCCUGGCCUCAGUCUUGAAGACCUGGUGGAUUCGAUGGUGGAGUUUGAGGCGGACAUCAAGGCUCGUCCACAAAUCACCGUGCCGACGGCGUUCUCCUCUCAAGGUCAGAAACAGGGAGGCUCCCCUCAGUCCCGACCUCACCGUGGCGGUGCUUCUUCCCAGCCCUAUUUUGCUGGGUCCUCUCCCCGUGGGCCGCCCAGCCCAUCUCGCCAACUCUUCUCCGGCCCAGCGUCUCCGCGUGAGAAUUCCAGCCCACUGCCCCGUCGACCCAGGCAGGUCUGCCAGUAUUGCGAAAAGCCUGGCCAUACUGUGCACCAGUGCUUUCGCCUCUUUCCUCAAGCCCGCCAGGCUCAUCUUCAGACUCGACAGGCCCAAGCGCAUUACUCAAAUGCUGGUUCUUCUAUUCCACAAUCCACAACCAGCCCAUCCAAUCCAUGGCUAAUGGAUUCGGCUGCCUCUCACCAUGUCACCGCAGAUCUUGGAAAUUUAUCGCUAUACUCCGAUUAUACAGGGCCUGAUGAAUUGGUUGUUGGGAAUGGCUCAGGUUUGUGAAUUAGCCAUAUUGGCUCUUCUCAUCUCUCUACUGGAUUGCACUCCCUAUCAUUACAGGAUGUUUUACAUGUUCCUUCCAUUAAACAACAUCUUAUUUCUGUGGCUCAAUUAUGUCGUACUAACCCAGUGUCCGUGGAAUUCUUUGCCACGCAUUUUGUUGUUAAGGAUCUUCGCACGGGGGCGCUGAUGUUGAGAGGGGAAAAAGAGGUGAUGUGUAUGAGCUCCCGCCCACGACUGAACCUGUUUGCAUGGCCCUUGUUACCACUCGCACGUCCACACAAUCCUGGCAUUCCAGACUCGGUCAUCCAUCUGCUCAUUCCCUUCGCAGUUUGCUCCGCUCCCAUUCCCUUCCAGUUUCCGCAUCAUCUUCUCUUAGUCAUUGUGAUGCUUGUCUUUCUAAUAAAUCCCAUAAACUUCC